GGGGGGAGAAGACAUUUAAGUCUAUUGUAAACCUUGUUUUAUCGUAUUUUUUUUUUUACAUUUUGGCAAUUGUAUGCCUUUUAUAGAUAACUAAACUUCUGUCAUGAAACAGGUAAAUAUCCUAGAAAUAAUUACCAGAACUGUGAUGAGUUUAUCGACAUGUUGUAGAUAUUCUUAUGGGCACCAAUUGCGCCUAAUAAAAAAAAAUAUAACAAAAAAACUGACUUAAGAAUUCAAGCAAACAUACAAAUUAUUCCAACAAAGACACUAACAAAAAAGGUUAAAUAGAUAGUACAAUAACGUCAAAAACAAAAGUGUUUGUCGUUGAUAGUACAUACCGUAUAUAGUAUGUACAUUUUCUCGAUGAAGUAAAAAUGAAGUAAAUAUAAAUACAAAGGUACAGAACAUAGAAACAACACUGUAAAAAACAUUUUAAGGUGAAGUAAAGUAGUCUUGUUCCUGUAUUGUUAAGAAUCACAGUUUAGUGAAGUACAUUUCAUUGAUAAAUUUUAAACCACUGGUCGUAAUCUUGAUGACAUAUUUGCUUAAAAAAAUCAAGAAUUCUCUAAUAAGACUGCGGAUAUGUAUCCAAUAGAACCUACUUUAGAUCAACCUAAUAUAAACAGCAAUAACUCUUAUGAACUCCAUAAGGAUCGAGACCAGGUGUGUUGACAAAGUAAGCGUGACGUGCGAUUCAACACUCAGUAAAAAAAUGUCUAAAUCGGGAAUAGGAAACAAUCGGUACAAUUAUAGCUCAGACAACUUUUAUCAUAUCUUAAUAUCGAUGACUGCGAAAACACGUCGCUGGUUAGUUGAAACACAGACAUAUCAUAUCGGUCAACUAAUUCGAAAAGGUGACUGUGAAAUGUGGUUCAGUGGUUCUUCCUUAUAACUCUGUUGGAGCAUUUUUGUGUAAAAUUAAAAUUGCUUAUAAUAAUUAAAUCCACAUCAUAUGUACUCUGUUGAAUCGUUUUUUCAUUUGUAAUCCUACCAUAAAUCCUUACUUUAUAUACGGUAUCGAUAUUGAUCACCUUUGAAUCAUGAACCGGUAACCUAUAAUUGCUUAAAUCUAGGUAAUUUUGUAUAUCGUGGAUAGUUAUGUCAUAGGAAAUCAUAUCAUAUCUAUUUAUAUUUAGAUACAAAUUGACGGAAACUGACAAUACACUAUUCCAAAGUAGUUAAACUUUUUGACAUUUUUGACAUUUCUAGCAUUGAUUUAAAAACAUAUAAUCAAAACAAGUGUUUUAAUUGUAAAUACAAUGUAUUGCAUAAUAAUUAUAAUAAUCAAGAUAUACUUAUAAGAAGGGAAUUGGCAAUCAACUCAUUAUAGGAGUUAUGAAUUAACUGUUAAUAAAAUGUUGUAUUCGUAAACCUUAAGUAUUUUUUACCUAAAUGAAUUUACUUCUUUAGCAAUUAUUUGGCACAAUUUUGUGGAAUUUUUGGGUACUGUAUUUAAUGCUCUAACUUCGUUUUUAAUUUGGCAUUCCAACUUUUUUUAUUCGAGUUGACUGUAGAAUCUGGCGAACCAAAUUAUCAGCUUAGUAUCUUUGAGUAAUUUUUAUGGUAGUUUGACUGUAAUUAUAUGACAUGUUUUUGUUUUUUUAUGACAUUUUUUUGGAAAACUAAAACAUUUAUUAUAAAUACAGAGAAACUGUAAACAACAAUAUUGAUCAGCAAAACAAGAUCUUUUAUUAAUAAACAUCGCAAAAUCAAUUUCUUAUAUAAGUUAUUUCCCUUCAAUAAUGGUUUUUGCCCGUUUCUGAGUUUUUGUUAAACAUUUUGACUUGUGUCCUUGUUAACAUUAAUUGAAGUUGAAAUAUAGCUUCAGGUAAACUGUCCUUCUCAAUUUUUUUUCUUUCAUGAAACUAAGGAAAACAAGGGAAUACUUGAUAUUCUGAAGGAAGAAAUUGAAGAUCAUAUUCCAAAACAUAUUCGAGCUCAACAUCGACAAGAAAUAAGCGAAUGGGAACAAGACCAAACUACUUUUGUUGAAACCAGAGCAACACGUCACAUACUGGGUUGUUUACCAUUAAAUAACUGUAUUGUUGUGACAGGGAGCUCGGGUUGUGGUAAAUCUGCAAACAUACACCAUACAGCCUUACACUUACGUGACAGUUUUGGAUAUGAGAUAAUACCUGUUUCAAUAGGACCAACAGACAUUCUUAAUUAUUAUAAUGAAAACAAAAAUCAAGCGUUCGUUGUUGAUGAUAUUUGUGGAAAAGAAACAAUCAACGAACAGGUAUUAAAUUUGUGGAUCCAUUAUUCAGAAAAAGUGGAGAAAAAUUUUAAAAUUGCAGAAAGAGAUGUUGCAAAUAAAAAUGAUGACACUGAUUCAAAGUUAUCAAGUCCAAAAUUACUGAUUUCUUGUAGAUUGCAUAUAUAUAAAGACUCACAAUUUCAACUUUUAACGUCGCUAACAGGACAGGAAUGCAAUUUAUUGUCAUCAGAGUUGUGUCUACUUCAAGAAGAAAGAAUGUUUAUAGCGCAAAAGUACAUUCCAGAUGACAUAAUUAACAAUGCAAUAGAAGUCAUGGGAGAUGUGGAUUUCUUUCCAUUGCUCUGUAAAUUGUCAAACAACAAAUCAUCUGACGAAGUUAUACAACAAUUUACAGCUCCUGUGGAUAGUAUUACAAAAAACAUAAAGCACAUCAUUUCUUCAAACAGUAGCCAAUUUUGUGCUUUUAUCCUCUGUAUCAUAUUCUAUGAUGGAUUCGAUACAAAUUGGCUAAAAUUAAAAACAAUUCCAGAGAAAAUAAAAUGCAAACUUGAAGACAUUGUUAAGGAGUUUGAGAUUGACAUAUUUAAAGAACUGUCAAGAAACGCUUUAAAAUGUGGUUUUACUACAUUAGAUGGAACAUACUUAAAACAAAGAAAUACAGAGUAUAGAAUCAUACACGACAAAAUAUAUAAAAUGGCAGCUGUAAUCUGUGGUCAGCGCCUUACAGAGUGUUUUUUAAAACAUGCUCCAUCUAUAUUUAUACGGGAUCAUUUUAUAAUUAAAUCUAUAACAGAAGACAAGAAAACUGAUGAUCUAAUUACAUUAUCGGAAGACAUUGAGGAAGAAUAUUUUGAAAGAUUGUUACGUGAUUUAAAAGAGUUUGUUAUUACUAGUACAUUCCAUAACAAACAAUUGAUUUAUCAGUCGUUUAGAGAUAAAUUAAUCAAUUUUUUGAGAAAAAGUCACGAAGCAAAAGAUAUAUUUAAGACGCUAGAUACAAAAUUGUGCGAAGUAAAAGGAGCAGAUCAUGAACAAUUAUUUCACACGACACCUUUAAUCGAAUCAGCAUCUUGUGGGUACUUUGAUAUAGUUAAUUUUCUGAUUGUUACCACUCAAUGUAACGUCAACAAGGAAGACUACAGAGGAAGGUCACCUCUAUAUAAAGCUGCUGAAAGGGGAAAAUCGGAUGUAGUUAAACUGUUAUUGGAAAACAAUGCUGAUGUCUUUCAUUGUAAUAUUGAUAGAGAGUCACCAUUGUAUGUGGCAUGUCAAAGAGGCCAUAUAGAUAUAGCGAAGCUGUUACUGUACUUCAAAGCUGAUGUUUCGCAGUGUAACAAGCUUGGGAAGUCUCCAUUGUACGUUGCCUGCAGAGAAGGACAUAUAGAUAUAGUGAAUCUAUUACUGCAGAGCAAAGCUGAUGUCUCUCAAUGUACCAUGCAUAAAAAGUCUCCCUUAUAUGUGGCAUGUGAAGGAGGACAUCAAGAUACAGUGCAAUUGUUACUUAAGUACCAUGCUGAUGUGUCUAUGACUAACAGGUGGAAAUGGUCUCCAUUAUUUGUUGCAUGUAAAGGAGGACAUAUAGCUACUGUGAAAAUUUUAUUGCAGAACAAUGCCGAUGUCUCUCUUUGUAAUAAAAGUGGCUGGUCUACAUUGUAUGUUGCUAGUGAAGGAGGAUAUACAGAUAUAGUAAAACUUUUGCUGCAGAACAAUGCCAAUAUAUCUCAGCGUAAUAAAAGUGGUUGGUCUCCAUUGUUUGUGGCAUGUAAAGGAGGACAAACAGAUACAGUGAAACUUUUGCUGCAGAACAAUGCCGAUGUCUCUCUGUGUAAUAACUGUGGUUGGUCUCCAUUGUAUGUGGCAUGCGAAGGAGGACAUACAGAUAUAGUGGCAAUGUUAUUGCAGAACAAUGCUGCUAUAUCUACACGUAACAAUUUGGGAAAUACUCCUUUGUAUGUGGCAUCUAAAGGAGGACAUACAGAUACAGUGAACAUUUUAUUGCAGAACGAUGCUGAGAUAUCUCUUUCUAAUAAAAAGGGGGAUUCUCCAUUGCAUGUGGCCUGUGAGGAAGGACACACAGAUACAGUGCAUCUUUUACUGCAGAACAAUGCCGAUGUCUUUCUGUGUAACAGUGAAGGAGAGACUCCAUUGUUUUUGGCGUGUAAACGGGGAAAAACAGAAACAGUGAAACUAUUACUUCAGAACAAUGCCAAUGUAUCUCAGUGUGAGGCAAGUGGUGGGUCUCCAUUGUAUGUGGCAUGUAAAGGAGGAUACACAGAUACUGCAGAACUUUUACUUAAAAAUCAUGCUGAUGUCUUUCUGUGUAAUAGUCAUGGAGACUCUCCAUUAUUUGUGGCCUGUGAAAGAGGAAAAAUAGAUACCGCGAAACUGUUAAUCCAGAACAAGAGUGAUGUAUUUCAUUGCAACAACGAUGGAGAGUCUCCAUUGUAUGUAGCAUGUAAAAGAGGACAAAGAGAUACAGUAAAACUUUUACUUCAGAACCAUGCGGAUUUAUCUAAGUGUAAGUUAGGAGAACCACCAUUGAAUGCGGCUUGUGAAAAAGGAUAUACAGAAACAGUUGAACUUUUACUUCAACACAAUGCUGAUGUCUCUCAUUGUUCAAGAAACGGUAAGUCUCCAUUGUAUGUGGCCUGUGAAGGGGGACAUACAGUAACAGUGAAUCUGUUACUUCAGCACAAUGCUGAUGUCUCUCAGUGUGAGAUUAAUGGUGAGUCUCCAUCGUUUACGGCAUGUAAAGGAGGAUAUACAGAGAUAGUGGAAGUGUUACUACAGAAUAAUGCUGACAUUAAUCAAUGUAACAGUAAUGGAGAUUCUCCAUUGUAUGUCGCCUGUUUAUCAGGAUAUACAAAUAUGGUGAAAUUUUUACUUCAGAACAAUGCUGAUAUUACUCAUUGCAACAAUGCCGGAAAGUCUCCUUUGUAUGUUGCCUGUGAAAGAGGACACCUCAAUACGGUAGAGAUGUUACUUCAAAAUAAUGCUUAUGUUUCACAUUGUGCCAGUAGUGGGGCGUCCCCAUUGUAUGCGGCCUGUAAAGAAGGUCAUCGAGCUAUAGUGGAACUGCUACUUCAGAACAAGGCUGAUGUCAGUCAGUGUGAAUUAAAUGGACAAACACCUCUACAUGCGGCUUGUACAUUUUACAUGUUUCAUUUGAAUAAUCCUGAGAAACGUAAUGAAUCAUUCACAAUUGUAAAACUAUUAAUCGAAUGGAAUGCAACAGUUGAAAUGCGUAAUAAGAAAGGCCAGACACCACUUGAUAUUGUCCGUGAAUCAAAGUGCAAGGACAUUGUAAAUCUUCUUGAGAAAAAUCUCCGUUUGAAAACAUUACAAUAAACCCUACUUUCUUAGAUAUUUUGACAACUGGAAAAAAGAAGUACCAACAUAAAUGUUGUAAACAUGUUAAGAUAGGUUUCCGUUAUUCUAAUUAUGUGCAUUAAAGGACCUGUGUUGAUAAUGUAGGUUUGAAUAUGCAUGUCAAGCUGGUAGUUUGUUAGCAUACGCCGUUUCUGUUCAUUUAUUUAUUUGUCAGUAUGUGCAAAGAGAGUAUGACAUGUUUAAAAAUAUUUCCUGUCUGGAAUUGCAUUAAUUGUGCCUAAUUGAUCCGUACUUACAUGUAAUGUGAGUAACUGGUUAGUAUACGAAUGGAGUGACAGUAAUGAAAUUAUCUACACCUAAUUUAAAGUAUAUUUUGAUACUAGAUGAUUGUCUAAGGUGGGUAUAUAUAUAUUAUAUAUUAACUACUGUCUUCGUCUGUAUACAUUUACGUUUUAACAUAAUACGGCGAAGAUUAAUAUCAUAUUCAUAUCAUUCCGAAAACAAUUGGAGUACAAUUGUAAAUACAUGAACACUUUGUAGAGAGGAAGAACAUUUUUUUUCUGGGCGCUAUGGAAUCCGUGGGAAGUACUGUUUAUCAAUACAUUGUUUGAUCUAUGUGACAUUUACACGAUAAUAAUCGUUACUUAGAAAUAAUAAUUGAUGCAUUUCACCUUACGGUAAAACAUAGUUUUGAAAUAACAAUGCAAUCACUAUCCUCUCUUUUGAAUUUGUGAAUUUUAGUUAUCUAUUUGGCAAUGAGAAAUUGUGUCAUUUCUACCUGAUUUUGCAUUUGUACUUUUAAAGUAAAUGUAUUUUGUUGUUUUUUUUUUAAAUCGUUUGUUUGUAUACAUUUUUGUGUUUGCUUUAUUCACUUAACCUCGAGUCAAGUAAACGACCACCUUCAAAGUUAAUUAUUUGUGGUAGUUUUAUUUUUGUGUAUCAACGUCUUUCACCGAGAAAAAAAGCGAAAUUAAAAACUACAAGCAAUAUUUCAGUGUUUUCAGAAUCAAUGUUAUGUAUAACAAGUAAACAUUAUAGCGUUUUUUGUUGUUAAUUUUCGCUUAUUUUAGCGGAUGAACCAGAAUUAACAAUUUUUAGAAGUAUAAUUGAAUAUGUAUGAUAUGUCCCCUUUUAUUACCUUAUGAAUGUUAUCUUUCCAAAAUAAAAAAGUUUACUUACUAUCAUAAUGCAUGCUUAUUCAAAGACCACUUUUUUAUCAAAUAAAAGAACUUUCGUAUUUCUUUAUUCAUAUAAAAACUUUAUAAUUGAUUUAUAAAUAUAUUUCAGUGUUUUUCGAUCCGUUUUAGAACCUUUAGAUAUAGCACAGAUCAGUUUUGUCAAAAUAGUUCGCAGAAAUUUGGAAUCUGCAAAAAUACAAAACACUGACAUUUUUCACCCACAAAAAAUAACCCGUUAAACGUCAUUUGUUUUUUUUAUGUCGAGAGUAAACUUCCUACAAUGACGAUUGCCAUUUGUAAUUGUUUUAAUAUUCGAAGUGUGAAUCAUUUUAUAAUGCAUGGCAUGUUGAUAGCAUCUAAGAGUUGUAAAGAUGUAAAAAAAAAAUAUGUGGUAUGAUUUCAAAUGAGACAACUCUCCACCAGAGACCAAAUGAGAAACAAGUUAACAACUAUGAAGAUGGUCUAUUUUAGAAAUGACGUUUGUAUAAUAAACUCAUCACAGAUAUCAGGCCUAGCUUUGUGUACGCCAGAGGCGCAUUUCGUUAUUUAUAUCAAUUGUUGAGGUAUGCACGAAGUACUGAGGAUUUAUUUAUUUUCGUGGGUAUCAAUUUUCGUGGAUUGCUGAAAACUUGCCUUUUCGUGGAUAUGUGAUUUCGUGAUUUUGCCAAAGUCUGCAUACAACAUAAUAGAAAUUUUGUAAUUCGUUGAACAUUUAAAUUCGUGGUUCACCUGUACCCACAAAAACCACGAAAAUUGGUAUUCAAUGAAUAAUAAUGAAUCCACAGUUCUAGUUUGUAUAUUAAAAGUUUUUGUAACAGAUAUAAACAGACUAUAUAUCUCUGUAUGGUUUUUUCUCAUACACUAUUGUAAAUAACUUUCCUCUGUACAUCUACAGUAAUUUAUUUAAAAUAGAUUUCUUAUUGUGUGCCUUUGAUAUAUAAUAACUGCUUUUUGUGAAAACAGGGAUAUUGGCUGAUUACGGAAAUAUUAAUUUAUGAAAGAACUAAAAUUACUUGUAUAUGACUGGAUUGUUGAUUACUGGUUACUUUACGUCCGAGGAGAAUUAUUUCAUGACGAGAACAAAUUAUCAAACAUUCAAUAGACAGGUUCUGUAUCAAUUUUGACCAGCCACUGAAAAAUAAGUGUAUAGAUAUAAGAAGAUUACAUAGGGGCAGAACACAUACACUGUAAAGACCUCUAUAUUCUUUAUACGAGGCAACGGAUCCCAUAAAGACUGGAUGUAGCUCUGUAUUUAUACAUCCCGUGCAGUUAAUUGGACACCUUACUUUAGCCAUGGUUUUUCUGUCACAAUUGGAGAGGUCCCGGUGACCACAUUUCUAUACGCAAGUCAGCCUAGUGAUUGUAUACCUUUAUUUAUCUACAAGAGUUAGUUUUAGGAUGUUCGCUACUCUGUUUCAAAAUAACAAGCUUUUUGAAAGACUAUAAUAAAUUGAUAGUAUAUACAUAAAGGAACUUAAAAAGCAGAUAAAAAUUAAGGGUCCAUGUGCUUGUUUUUGAGACAUAAGCAAUUGGAAAUUUGGCGGGAAAUGAUUCUCCCUAGAUUUUUUAUAGAUUUAACAUUGGCACCUUUUUUCUUUUAAAAACUAUGAAAAAAUAACAAUGAUUUUAUAACAUUUUGAAAUAUGGCUUUUUAAAUUUUUUGUAAUGAUAUUAUGAAAAGAAAAGUAGGGGUUAUAGGGCAAAAUGUUUUUAAUGGCACUACAUGGAUAAAACCAGAGGGUUCUGGCAAAAAUUCUAAAACAAGAGAAGCGAACAUCCUUAAAUUUUCAAAUUAUGAUAUAUCAUCUUGAAAAAAUUGCUUAUCGUUGACUUCAAAUUGAUGAAAAUCAAGCAUCUACUUUGUAUUGUAUAUUUAAUGUAUUUUGAUAAUUCUUUUGUUGUUGUAAUUUAAUAUAUAAGAAAGACAUUGGUCAAUACUCAUAUGUUGAAAUUAUAUUCAUAAUAGUAUACUUUAAUCUGUAUGUUGUAGUAUACUUUUAUCUGUUUGUGGUAAUACUCUUCUAUCUGUUUUUUGUGAUAUACUUGUUUAUGUUUAAUGUCAUAUACUUUCAUAUGUGUGUGGUAAUAUUUUUUAGUUGUAAUAUACUUUCAUCCACUAUAUCAUGUUUAUUGUGUCGCACUUGUGUGACUUUUCUGUUUAUUUUCUGAAUACGAAUGGUGUCGUUUUAAUUUGCUAUAAUACAAUAAUACAUAUAAUAUAUGUCGUCUUUCAUUUUUUUUAUUAUCUAUUUCUUUUGAUAGUUUUCUUUGUUUUUAUUCGUUUCGUUUCGUUUCGUUUUGUUUUUAUAUUUAUUUAUUUUUGAAAUAUUAAUCAAAAGUUCAUUUACGUGAAAAGAUUGAAAAGAUAUUUAGUGAUACUGACUUUUGUAUAUCGAUGAGCAUAGAUUGAAUUAAUGUAGUCUUUAAUUGAUGGAUUAACAAUUGAAAUUCCAAUUACUUAUACUACAUCCUGUGUUUUCAAUCUAUAACUGUAAUUUCUUAUUGUUUGUAUAGUAAUUUUUUAAAAAUUUCUUUGGAAAUAAAAGGAUUUGAUAUACUGCACUGUGACAAUACUUGCUUAUUUUGUUGAUAAUCUAUUUCGCGGUUGAUUAGUAAUAUCAUAACUCUAUUCAUUUGUUACAAUAGAAAUUUGAACCAGGCGUAGAUAUACCAGUAGAAUAUUUUCAUUAUCUUGUAUGUUGUUGAUCAUGAUGUGUCAAAACGAAUAAACAAUUGUUUUUCCCAGAAAAGUCACAUAGUUACAAAUAACAUAUCUGCUUCUUAAAAUUGAAAGUAAUAUGUCAUAUUUUCAAAUGAAAAAACACCAUUGGCAAUUCUUAAUUUUUCAAAAAUAUAAAUGAAAUGAUGUUGUAAUGACUUUCUAUUAACGUAUAUGCUAUAUAUGAUUUAAUUCACUAUUUUAAUC